GAAGUCUGAAUGUACUUGGAAGUGAGCGAGAGACACAACAGCAAAGAUCUCAAUUUCUUUCACACUUUCAAAUUUUGGAAAAAAGAAGAAGAAGAGAAAAGAGAAAUAGAAAUGAAGCUAAAAGUUGUACGCAGAAAAGUGUAUGAUUACAUUCGUUAUGAUUUGAAAGAAAUAGCAUUUCCUUCUUCACUUCCAGACCCUCCUCAUCUCAAACGACCCAAAUUGACUUGGCACGAUCGUUUUCUAAUAUUGAAAGAGGCCUCAAGGCUUUAUGCUGCUAGCUGGGUAAGGGAUAUUGGUCCUGAGCUUAGGCCAAAUGAUUACAAGAAGAAGAAAGAAGAAAGUGAAGAUAAAGCUAAUGGGACAAAUAGUACCACAACUGGAGAGAAAGAGCCUUCAUUGUUUGAAGAUCUUGCUGUGGCUGCAAAAGGAGGCAUGGAGACAUUAAGGCCUGCUUUGCAGCGGGUGUACAUGACAAGAGCUUCAGCAUACAAAGAUGCUCUAAAAAGUUUUAUAGAAGGAUAUCAAGAAGGCGUCCAACAGGUCAUGGACAAGAAAGAAGAAUCUAAAACAGAACGAGAGGGCGAUGCUCCCAAGAAUUCGACUUGACUACUUAUUGCUUUAUUAGAACAGUGCGAGUUUUUGUUCUCAAAUUAACUGCUGAUGCAAGUAACAGAUCUCUUCAAUGUGGGAAGUUACUGCUCUAGCAAAAAAGAAUGUAAAAUGUUCUAGGUGUUCGUCCUCUUAUGAGGGUUCUAAGCUAUUGUACAUUAACCAAAGUCGACAACUGUGGACACACUGGAAAACCUUUUGUACAUAUUAUACCAUUAUGGAGUCUAAGAACCCACAGACACAUUUUUGUUGUUCUAAGCUUUUCUCAUCGAAUAGCUUUAGCACUUCUUGAUGCUUUAAUCCGCUAAAUUUUGUUUA